AUGUCAGAAUUGGUUAAUUUAAGCCUAUGCUCACUUUGCAUUCGUCAAAUCGCCGGAGAAAAUUCGGAAAAUGUACAACAAUGCGAAAAAGCUUAUGAAUGCAUGUUGUGUUUCGGAAUUCUUGAUCAAGAAAUGAUUGAUGAAGUUGGCGAACGAGUUCAAGAAGCAUUCCAAAAAACACCAUACGAUUCAUCAAGUUUUAUUCUAGCUCUCAAUUUACCAGUGGCUCAAACUUUGCGAGAAACUUUGAUCAGUCGGUUGAGGCCCGAUUUCAAUGGAACUAUUUGUAGUGUACCGUUUAAAGUUAGAAAUAUUGACGCAUAUAUCAAAAAGCUACAAUCAGUAAGUUCUCCUGAAUAGUACAAAUAAUAAAUAUUAAAAUUGUUCUAGUAUUCGGGAAAGCGACCAACGCUGAGUUCUGAUUUGCAAUUGAUGAUAACUUUCGAGCAAGAAGAAUUCAAUUUACAAGACUUGGAUUUUUUGAAAAAUGAAUUUCCAAAUGAUUUUCGUCGCUCAAAAAGAAAUCGAUUCGAUAACAAAGGUAUGUAUUUUGAAUUAUUCCAGUUGAAACUGUACAAUGUUUAUUCAGAAGAACCUGUCGAAUGUACGAAACAACAAUUGCAAUGCGUUACAAAUCGUAUAAAUGAAUCGAUCGCAAAAAAAUUCAAAUUUCAAUCACCCACUAAAAAAUGCACAUUUCGUUUGAAUUUCGAAAGAGAUCCUGUUUUCAUAGCUGGACGAUACUGUAAAUUCUCACGAUGUUUACCACAAUCACCAUGGAGUGAAGAAAAAGAUGGUCCAAGAGAACCAGGAAAUUCAGUAUCUGAAAAAGUUUGUGAUGUUUUGAAAAAAGAGUUUUGCGCAAGUGAUAGUCGAUUUAUAACAUCUGGAAGAGAAGAUAUUGAUGUUAGAAUGCUUGGAGAUGGAAGACCAUUUGUUGUUGAAUUGAGAAAUUGUCGAAUUACCGAACCUGUUAGAGGAAAGAAAUAUAUCGAUACUUUAUCAGAAGUUGCCAAAAAGAUCAAUGCAAAUAAAGAUGUUCGAGUGAACUUUUUAACAAGAGUAACUAGAGAAGCUGCUGAAAAAUUGAAUCAAGACGAAGAUGAAAAACGAAAACAAUACACAGCACAUUGUUAUAGUAUUCUUCCAAUUUGUGUCGAUUCCUUUGAAAAUGCUUGCCAAAAAAUCCCGCUUGAAAUCAUUCAAAAAACACCAAUCCGUGUUCUAAAACGACGAUCUUUAUUAGAUAGACCUAGAAAUAUUUAUUCAAUGGAAUUUAUGAUUUUAGAUAGUCAUCAUUUUCUAGUUCGUCUUGAAACUCAAGCGGGAACUUAUAUCAAAGAGUUUGUUCAUGGAGAUUUCGGGCGAACUCGGCCUUCAUUAUCAGAAUUGCUUGGUGUCGAACAUGGCGAAGUGGAUAUUUUAGAAUUAGAUGUGGAAAAAGUGGAUUUAGAUUGGCCGCCAAAAUAUGAACAACCUGUGUGGUUUAGGUGA